UUACAGAAGGAUCGUAAGGGCCCUGUCUACUUCGAUUUGGAUUUGACUGGCUUUGACGUCUCGCUAGGACGUAUUCACGGGUUCCACGUCCACGAGCACAGUGUGAGAAACAACCGCUGUAGUACUGCCGGGGGUCACUUUAACCCCUACAGUGAAACCCACGGAGGUCCUAGCAGCUCUACCAGACACGUGGGUGACCUUGGCAACAUCGUGGUGGAGGAGGAUGGGGUGGAGGUAAGCGAUAGCCACGUGGCCUUCAAUGGCAACAGCUCCAUCAUCGGCAAGGCCAUAGUGGUCCACGCAGGGCAGGAUGACCUAGGCGGUGGGAACGCAGGAAGUUUAACCACGGGUAACGCAGGAGGUCGCCUCGCCUGCUGUAACAUAAAACGAGAUCGUGACUUCUUCUUCUUCAGGUUUAAGGGCUGA